UUUAUCUAAGCAGAGUGCACAGCGACAGGGGAAGAUGCACAGAGUCAGCCUGCCAGAAUCAGACAGACAUCCAUGGGAAUUGGCAGAAGCUCCAAGCUCUUGCUUACCUCUACUUCAUCGCUGUGCUUGGUUUACAACUGAGACGACAGCUUUAAAACUACAGAGGCUUCAAAUUAAAACUCUCUCUGAAAGGGAACACAUCUCCGACAAUUCUUGUCAUCACUCAGAGCACAUCGACAUCCCUGCGUAACAUUUGCUGAGCUGGAUUAUGAAGUCUCUUGUCGGACUAUGUUCUCAAGAGGAUGGAGCAGUCUACGCAGAGCAUCGCUGAGGACUAAAGACAGAUAUCAUCGCAUAAUACUGUCACCAGUAUUGUUCAGAGCACUCUCCAGCUUCAGCCAACCCCAACCAGCUUCACAAAGUCUCCUCCACAACCAUCUCGUCCCAACGUCCUAAUAGGAAUCACUGCAACAGGACCCGGAGGUCUCAACACAAGCAUUAUAGUCAGGGAUCAGGGGGUCACUGGGCUGAGGGAUAGCGCACAGAUCUCUAUCUCACAUUUAAGUAUGUUGUUCAUUGACCCCCACUGCAUUGUAUUAUAAUGCGCAAAUGGAUGCUGACAUGGAACCUUCAAAAUCUGUUCUCGGGACUGUACCUGCAUGCCAUCUUCUUGUUCGGCAGCGUGUGUGUGGUCUACAGUGACUGCACUCCAGAGCAACUUGCCGCCAUCAUGAACUGCUCCAAACACGAGCGCCAUACCAGGAACUACGACUACAUGGAGGGAGGAGAUGUGCGCAUCCGACAGCUGUUCAGCCGCACGCAGUGGUUCCUGACAAUUGAUGACAAUGGCAACAUCAACGGGACUCAAGAUCCCACCAAUUGCUACAGUAUCCUGGAGAUCAGGACAGUGUCUGAGGGGGGCAUACUGGCUAUCAAAGGUGUGAAGAGUCAGUACUACAUAACUAUGAACAAGGCUGGACAGCUGCAAGGCAAGAGGCUCUACAAUGAAAACUGCAACUUCAAGGAGGUUUUCCUUGAAAACUACUUCAACGCUUACUCCUCUGCAAAGUGGACUAAAAAUCGCAAAGAAAUGUUCAUAACUCUGUCUCAGAAGGGAAGGCCGAUGCGAGGAAAGAAGACCAGGAGGGAGCACAUAGCGUCUCACUUCAUCCCUAUGAAGUGCAGGGAGGAGGAGAGGAGAGUGGACUGAAAAGGCUGACGACUGAUCUGUCGCAGAUUGUGUAUGAUUUCAAUCACAUAUUAUAUAUGUUACCAGACACAUAAACUCAUUAUCAACAUCACGCUCCACUCUCCUCUAGGUGUAGGUAGUUAUGUAUUGUCUAUUAUAUGUCGUCAUUUCCAUAAGAUAAGGCAUUAUAUAUCAGAUGAGCACAUUGAGCUAUUCCAAACAUUCUCAAAUAAAAUGUCGAAACAAGGAAAUAUUUGUAACAGCCUUGAAUGAAACACAAACUGUAAAACCACUAAAGGCUACUUAUUAUUGAGUUAAAUAUUAUAUUUCCUCAUAUAACAGUUGAGUGUUUUCUUAUAAAAAAGUACAAUGUAUGAUACACAGUCAAGACUGCAUCCUUUUCCAAGGAUGAUCUUCACCCAGCCAGAGGAGGAGCUCUCUAUGAUCAACAGAAAGCCCCACGAUGGAGAUUUGUCUUGACCAAGAAGUGCUGAAGCAAGCUGGACUUGUCUUUUUUUACUGGAUGUGCUCAGAGCACACAAAACAGAGGCAGGGUAAACUACAAAAGCAUGUUGAGUAAAGUUAAGAGUGUGUAGGACAAUCUGUUGUGGAUGAUCUGUUUUGAGGACCAGACUGGUCAAGUGCAUGCUUGCUGCUCACUGAUUCCCUCUUCAUUAUCAAGGUGUGAUUUUGAAAUGCUAAAGUAUUCUGCUGCUGCUGAUAAAAAAUAUCCAGAUUAAAAUACAAAGUGAA